GCUUGAUCAGUCUGAUCAGUAGAUCAUAAUUUUCCUUAGAAUGAGUCGGCAAAACGUUGAUUAACUCACGUGUAGCGUUUGAAACCUGCUUGUUCAUUUGAACUGAAGUUACGAUAAUAUGUUUAUUCCACGGGAGAAUAAUGCUGACGGAAACUGGGAAGAUUUUACCUUAAUUUUGCCAGCGGUUUCAAUAGGAAAUGUGGGCCAGUUAGCAGUAGAUCUGGUAGUUUCUGCUGUUUGUCCAGAUGGUUCCUCCAUUGGAUAUCUGUAUGAUUCAUGUGUCUUACCAGUGGUAGGAAAUGAUGCCUUCACUUUGUCAACAGAAGCCUCAGGAAAACUGAAUGUCAGUGUUGAAGUGUACAAAAAUGAUGAUCUGAAGUUUAUUGUAGUUCAACAGAGAGCUCCAUUAGUUAAGGGCCCUCAAACUGAAUACUGCAGAAAGCUUGUCUCAUGGAUUAAAAGUUGCCACUUUAAACAAGUUAUUCUUGUUUCCAGUAUCAGUGCCACAGAAAGAGUUGACUCACAGAUUGAAGGUUCUCCAUUGAGAUACCUUGUUACACCUGCAGUAAAAAACCUCCUUCCGGUAUUUGAUGGAUUGUCCUGGAAGUCAUUGGAAAAGAGGCCAAAGUUUCCCUAUCUUAAUACUGAAGAAUUGUCAGAUGAAAACAAAGCUUUCUUUUUCCCUGGAGGAGGAUUCACAAAGAAGCUUUAUGAAGCUUGUUGCAGAGAUGACAUCCCUCUGACUGUGUUGUUAACAUUUUGUUCGGAGGGGGAUAAUAUAUCAGAUGCAGUGAAUCUCUUUCUUUACCUUAAUGCCUGGCUCAAGAUUGUUCCUAAAGAAAAGGUUGAAGACUGGAUUCUAGGAAAACCAAGUGACUUCAAUUUCCCAGCAUCCUGGCGCUUGUUGUUUGGUUCUCCAGUCCAUACAGAUGGUAAUCUGUUUUGAAGAAUUGGUGCUCUUGACCACGUCAAUAAAUAUUUUGAGUUAGAACUGUGACCACCAGCAGUGGAUAGCCAGUUGUGAAAGAAGACAGCAAUGCCAAAAAGAAAAAAAAAAUACAGUAGAGCAACUAUUCCUCAACACCAUCACAAAGUAAAAGGGAUUCUCAAGCAAAGACAAUGACUGAUAGUAGUGCAAUGAAUGCAGAGUUGUGUAAAAAGCUGGGCACAAAUUCAGUCUUUCGUAGCAUUCUACAUAAGGUUCAAUUCCUUUUUAUAUAGCAUUUUCAAGAAAUAAAACAAUGGUGUGACCGAACCUGA